CUUAAAUGAAUAGAUAUUUUAAUGUGUUGUAACAUGCAAUUAAUUUUUCCCCAGUAAUAUUUACAUUAUUUCUUAUUGUUUUUAUUAUUUAAAUUAUUUCUUUUAAAUGUUGAAAACGGUGAUAUCAACAAUCAAACUUACAUUACUUUUAAUUUUUUUUAAAAAAUGUUUACAGGCCAACAAAAAAAAAAAUCAUUUUAGUUGUGGGAUUUUCUGUGUGAGGCUUCACCAUAAAGGCCGUACAGACUCGCUGUUGUUAGAGUACACUUUACUACUGUUGGUAGAAACUGUCACUAGGCACAAUGUGGGCAGAUAAACAAACAAACGCAAAUAACAACAGUUCAAUAGUUGAACUGGAAAUGAACAAAUGAGUUGAUUGAAUUGAAUAGACAGACAACAUUUCGAUGCUUCCACUUUGUCCUGACAGGCUGUUACAAGACGAACGUUGCGUGCCAACUUCCUGAGGUGAGAGUAUUAUUAACUACCUGGACAGACAGUGUGUGCUUGUAAACGUGCGGUUUCGAACAAGGGACGGACGGGGGCCGGCUGAUAAGGAAGGUCGAUACAUAAAUCUGCCCUCCCUGACAGCAUGUAGCUGUGGGUGAGCUCAUGUCUCCAAAUGCGCUUUGUCAUUAGACAGUCUGUGUGAUUUUCCGUCCGUCCAUCUCUGCUGUUGUUUUCCUCUCCUUGUAGCACCUGAGAAAGCUGCAGGGGAAAUAAAGCACUGCCAGCAUUCCAACACAUUCCAGUUCCAAAUGUCUGGGCAGAGCCACACAUCCUUGGCAUUCUUUCAUUUAAAGAAACGCUCUAAAUACGGAAGCUCGCGAGCCCGGCUGGAGGCGAGACAUACGCGCAGACAGCAGGCAGGAGCACAUGAAGGCCAUGGCAACCUGACUGACGUGGAACGUGUCCGGAGUCCGAAAGUAACAAAGUUAGCAACAACUGUUUUCUCCUCACAAGAUCAAGUCGAAGCUUUUACGGGUAACAAAACGGGACGCACACAAAAACAGAAUGAGCCUGGACAAAGCCAAGCUGUGUGAUUCACUUCUAACAUGGUUGCAGACAUUUCAGGUGCCAUCAUGCAACAGCAAGCAAGAUCUAACAAGUGGAGUGGCCAUCGCACAUGUCCUAAAUAUAAUAGACCCUGCUUGGUUUAAUGAAACCUGGCUGGGUAGGAUCAAAGAGGAGAGCGAAGACAACUGGCGCCUCAAGGUCAGCAAUUUGAAAAAGAUUCUCAAGAGCAUGCUGGAAUAUUACCAUGAUAUACUGGGCCACCAAGUGUUGGAAGAGCAUUUGCCUGAUGUGAAUCUCAUUGGUGAGAUGGGUGACAUCACUGAGCUGGGCAAGCUAGUGCAACUCGUCUUGGGUUGUGCUGUCAGCUGUGAAAAGAAACAAGAGCAAAUCCAGCAGAUCAUGACACUUGAGGAAUCUGUCCAGCAUGUCGUCAUGACAGCCAUUCAGGAGCUUUUAUCAAGGGAGCCCUCAUCUGAACCAGGAAGCCCAGAGACCUAUGGAGACUUUGACUACCAGUCCAGGAAGUAUUAUUUUCUAAGUGAGGAGGCGGGUGAAAAAGAGGACCUUCGUCAGCGUUGUCAAGACCUGGAACAUCAGCUGUCGGUGGCUCAGGAGGAGAAGCUAUCACUCCAAACGGAGACUCGUUCCUUGAAGGAGAAGCUGAACCGCUGCGACUCGCUGGAUGUCUCCGGCACUGCCAUCACCGGCAAGAAACUGCUCCUGCUGCAGAGUCAAAUGGAGCAGCUCCAAGAUGAGAACUACAGACUGGAGAACAGUCGAGAUGACCUGCGUCUGCAUGCGGACAUGCUGGAGCGCCAAUUGGCCGACAUGCAGCAAAGGAACGAAGAUUUGACCAGUCUUGCGCAAGAAGCACAAAGCCUCAAAGAUGAGAUGGAUAUUCUCAGGCACUCCUCCGACCGGGUGAACCAGCUGGAGACUUUGGUGGAGACUUACAAGAGAAAGCUGGAAGAUCUGGGCGACCUCCGCAGACAGGUGCGCCUCCUGGAGGAGCGAAACACCGUGUACAUGCAGCGCACCUGCGAGCUGGAGGAGGAGCUCCGCAGGGCUAGCGUCUUCCGUGCUCAGAUGGACACGUACAAGAAACAGGCUCACGAGCUUCUCACCAAGCACCAGGCCCAGGCCAUGGAAGCUGAGAAGUGGCAAUUUGAGUACAAGAACCUUUAUGAUAAAUAUGAGGCACUCCAGAAAGAGAAAGGACGUCUGAUGACGGAGAGAGACACUCUUCGGGAGACAAAUGACGAGCUGAGGUGUGCACAAGUGCAACAGAAGUGUCUCAGUGAUGCAGGAGGCUUGUGCGACAACGAGGCCGCAGUUGGAAACCUUGCUGCCGAGAUCAUGCCUACUGAACUGGCGGAGACCAUGGUGCGCUUACAGAGUGAAAACAAGAUGCUAUGUGUCCAAGAGGAAACCUACAGACAGAAAUUAGUGGAGGUACAGACUGAUCUUGAGGAGGCGCAGCGCAGCAAGAACGCUCUCGAAACCCAAAACCGGCUGCAACAGCAGCAGAUCUCCGAGCUGCGUUCUCAGGUUGAGGAGCUCCAGAAAGCACUUCAAGCGCAGGAUAGCAAGACGGAGGAUUCCUCCUUGUUGAAGAAGAAGCUGGAGGAACAUUUAGAGAAGCUCCAUGAAGCUCACACUGAUCUCCAAAAGAAAAGAGAAGACCUGGAUGACCUGGAGCCCAAAGUGGACAGCAACAUGGCAAAGAAGAUAGAUGAACUCCAGGAGAUCCUGCGGAAGAAGGAUGAGGACAUGAAACAGAUGGAGGAGCGAUACAAGCGCUACGUGGACAAGGCGAGAACGGUGGUGAAGACCUUGGAUCCAAAGCAUCAGCCAGCGACUCCUGACAUUAAGGCCUUGAAGAACCAGCUGACAGAGAAAGAUAGAAAAAUCCAUUACCUGGAGCGUGAUUAUGAGAAAAGCCAAUCCAGACAUGACCAGGAGGAGAAACUCAUAAUUAGCGCUUGGUACAACAUGGGAAUGGCCUUGCAUCAGAGAAUGGCGGGCGAGAGGCUGAGCUCAUCCGGCCAGGCUAUGUCCUUCCUGGCCCAGCAGAGGAUGGCCACCAACGCAAGGAGAGGCUUCACACGGCCACAGCCAAGAUAAGACUUGAAACGGAAGGACUGCACUCAUCGUUGCCUUUUGCUGCUUCACUGCACACACACACCCCCUAGUGGUGGAACAUGGUACUGUCAUAAUUUCCAGAGGAGCGACCCAUCAUUGCUCUUGCCUCCUGGGACCUAGGUGCACGAGGAAAAAAAAGAAACUGUCUCACCUUUUAAGGUGACUUUUAGUUUAUAUUUUGGGGGUUUUUAACAACAGUAUGUUGUCUUUUUUUAGUUAGACUUUUUCAAAUGUAUUUUAAGGCACUCUUAACAGAGUUAGUCAGCGGUCAGGAUUUCUUAGAGAUCUGCUGAAAUUGUGCUCCUCACUGAAUAUCACACGGAACUGAGGAACAGUUGAAAUGUGGCCUUGGUUGUAGGUAGACGCUAAGCUACACUGGUAUACCUCCAUUUAUACACUGUACAUUCACAUGAAUUUUUCUGUAUUUUUUUUUUUUAUUUGAAUGAGCUUAGACUCUGCCAGAGAAUCUUAAUCUUGUUUUCACUUGAAUAAUAUUCUCCUUAGAACUCUAACAUGACAAAGCACUUUCCCAGAGCAGCGGGUUUGUGGAAGGGCUUCAAAAAGACAUUAUAUCCUUUGUGUAGUUAAUUUAAAUAUGGGGUGAAUACAGUGUAUCAACAUUUGAGUCCUUUGUUGUAUUUUUCUGUAGCAGUUAGUUGAAUUGCAUGUUUUCAUUUAUAAGCUUUAUUUGAAUGUGAUUAUUCUCAUUCAAUUCUCAAUUCAACCUGUGACUUUUUUUUCCCCAUUUCCAUUGAAGCAGGGUAAUGGUCGUUGUUCAAACCUAAACGCACUCACCACUUUAGAAUCUGCACAAAUGUGAAUGUAGGCAAUUGAAGGCCUCCUUAAGCAUCACAAAUACACUAUGAUCGACAUGAUGCAACACUAAAGACCUGUUUUUGUUUUACUAACUACUGAAUACACAAGAUUGCUAAUUUGGAGUAUGUCUGUUCACAAGAAACCAGAGUGCACAUACUGUAGCUGUCAAUAGCUGGUACUUUCAAUCGUCACUGUUUAUGUUCUACAUUGGAGCGUGAACAUACAGUACAUCCAUCCCCAUGUCAAAGAUGCUGAUUAAUGUCUUGUCUUUCAUCCCUAGAAACCUAUGCUGUAGUCUUCAUUGACCUAAAUUUGUGUGCACAUUUUUUGUGGUUCUUGAUCAAGUUUUUGUUUGGUGUUUGUUGCCCAAUUGCUGGGAUGACUGUAUAAACUGGUCAAAUAUAUGAUAGUAUAUGGUACUUUUCACAGGGAUCAGGCAAGUUGAACAUCUGUUAGUCUUUGUCCUUUCUACCUUUGCACUACAAAUAUGGCCAAUAAAAAUAAUGGCCAAAGCUUAACUGAAAGUGAAAAGUGCCACACCCGCCCUCACCCCCACUUUCUGAUUGGCUGUUUGAAAGGGGGGCGCGCCCCACUAUUUGAGAAGCACUGGCCUAGGUGACCGAUUCACAAUUUGGUUUUGUCUGAUAUCAGAGAUUAAAUAAAGAAAACCAACUGGCUGA